GCAAAUGCUUGAUUCGCACACCUCUAGUAUAUAUCUCCAUUGGUGUCGUGUGCAAUAAUACUUCUUCUACGAAAUAAUUUUUCUUACCGAGUCUUGUGUGCAAGAGCCAUGAGAAUAGACGUCUAGUAAGGAGAGACACUAAUUGCCAGCAUAUAAAGGCAAUCUAAAGCUAAUAAAAACGUAUUUUGAGGCUUUCUAGUUCUUAUUAAAUCUAUUAUCGCGUAUGCAGUGAUCAGUGUAGUAAAGAUAUUCAAAAAUCAAUUAAUAUUCAAGUAUGUUGAACAAGAUACAGAGUCUCCUUUAUAUUCUCAAUAUCAACGCGAUGAUAUUCAUCAACUCGUUAUAUGGACACCCAUGUUACAACAGUCUUCAUGACAAUAAUAGUAGCGAAUUAAAAUUAUCGAAAUUUUUAAAACUAGAUAUGAAGCACUUCUUACUGCAGACCCAACAUUAUUUAAAUCAAGAAACAGUGGACAUGACACCACAAUACGGAGACACGUUUGAUUUUAUAAUAAUUGGCGCUGGUACAGCCGGUAUUCCAACAGCAGCGAGAUUGAGCGAAAUUUCUCAGAUCAAAACGUUGCUGCUCGAAGCCGGAUCCCACGAAAAUCUUUAUAUGGACAUUCCUAUAACUGCUCCCAACCUAUUGUUGGACAAUAACAUCAAUUGGAACUACAAAACAAAAUCGUCCAACAAAUACUGUCGUGGCAUGAAUGGUAACAGAUGCGUUUGGCCAAGGGGAAAAGUAGUCGGUGGCAGCAGUACUAUAAACGGUAUGAUAGCUACUAGAGGAGGAGCUGAGGAUUACGAUCGUUGGGCAGAUAUGGGAAAUGAAGGCUGGGCAUACGAGGACAUUCACAAGUAUUUUAAAAAAUUGGAAACAAUGAAUAUUCCGGAGCUGAAGUCGGAUACUAUUUAUCAUGGUACUGACGGGCCAGUACAUAUCACUUCUCCGUCAUAUAAAACAUCAUUAGCAGAGGCCUUUCUAAAAGCUGGUAAAGAACUGCGAUACCCGAUAGUAGAUUAUAAUGGAAAAAACAUGAUAGGAUUCUCAUAUGUGCAAGCUACAAUUAUGAACGGCACUCGCAUGAGUAGCAAUAGGGCAUAUUUACAUCCCAUACGUAAUCGCGACAAUCUUCAUAUCAUUCUUCGGAGUAUGGUGACAAAAAUCCUGAUAGAUUCUAGCACGAAGCGCGCAGUGGGCGUGGAAUUUAUCAAAAAUAAUCGGACUAUACACGUAAAUGCAAGCAAAGAAGUGAUUCUGUGUGCGGGAGCCAUCGGAUCGCCGCAAUUGUUGAUGCUAUCUGGUAUCGGACCAGAGAAACACCUUACUGAGCUAGGGAUCAAAGUCAUCCAAAAUGCGCCAGUCGGCGAGAACCUCAUGGACCAUCCGGUCUUUUUUGGAUUGACGUGGACAAUAAAUGCAUCGAUAAGUUUAACAUCAUCAGAAUUGUUCAAUCCUAUUAAUCCGUAUAUGACGGAAUUUGUAAUAAAUCGUACGGGACCCUGGACGAGUCCCGGAUUUAUCGAGACGCUCGCUUUUAUCAAUACAAAACAUCCAGAUAAACACAGCGGUCUACCAGACAUCGAAUUAUUGUUUACUGGUAUUCAACCAAUAAAUUGUAUAAUCCCAACAUUGAUAAAUGUUAAAGAUCCUCUCUCUCUAUGGAUUAAAUAUGGUGACUGUCAUAGCUGGUUCACGCUGCCAAUAUUGUUGAAACCAAAAAGUCGUGGUAGGAUAACUUUGUUGGCUAAUGACGUCAACGUUAAACCAGAGAUCGUACCAAACUAUUUUGAUGAUCCAAACGACGUUAAAACGAUGAUCGCCGGUAUUAGAACUGCGUUAAAAAUUGGUCAAACAAAGACAAUGCAGAAGUUCGACUCUCAGUUAUUAAACAUUACUCACACGGAAUGCAAAAAUGACGAGUAUGAUUCUGAUGCUUAUUGGGAAUGCAUGAUAAGAAUACAGUCUUCCACAAUCUUUCACCCUUCCGGCACUUGUAAAAUGGGACCACGUGGCGACCCAACUGCUGUCGUCGAUCCCAGAUUAAAGGUGAUUGGUAUUUCAAGGUUACGUGUAGUAGAUGCGUCCAUCAUGCCCGAAAUUAUAUCGGCGCACCUAAGCAUACCUGUUUAUAUGAUUGCCGAGAAAGCAGCAGAUAUGAUCAAAGAAGAUUGGGGAUACUUGGAGAAGUUACGAUAGUAAAGUAUAUUUUAUUAGCAUUUUACUAUUAGACAACAAUAUAAACGCAUAAAUUCCAUGUAUUAUUUGGGAUAUAUUUUUCGAAAAAUUCUAUUUAAGAAAAAGAAAAAUUAUUAAAAAAAGAAAUUUUAAUUGUUUG